AUGGGCCGAAGAGACUCUUCUGCACCUGGUGGCGAUCCGGACGACACCAAUCCCUCUACUAGCAACACCGUGAAGCUUCGUCGAUCAAAGCGUAAUCUUCGAACCAACGACCAUGAUGAAUCCUCUUGUGUCGCCACAUCUGCUCCCGAAGGCUCUGUUGAUUAUUCGGAGGCUCUCGGAAAUACGCACCGAACGUCUCUAGAAUCCAUCCCCGUCGCUGGUCCAUCUACGGCGUCUUCAAAUCGGCCGCAUAGCACGAGCAACGAUCCGAAAACGCCGAACACGACAACGCAGCCGGAGCCCGGUGCUCCUAAAUUCACUCCUGGAACGGGCGUGGAGAUGCUGUGGGCGUAUAUGCUGGAGGACUGUCGAAACAGGACGAGGCACGAUGUUUACCAAGGCAAUAGGCAGCGAGCAGAGGGUCAGAUUGUGGUUGGCGUUCGGAUAGCCGAUUGGCUUGCUCAGUGCGCGCCUCUGACCCAUAACUCGGACUCGAACAUGCCGGAGUAUUGGGAGGCGAAGUCACUAGAGCUCUUCACCGAGAAGAAGGUCCCCUCCGUUCACGGUGAAGCUAAACUCUACAAUGCCAUCAAGGUCAGUGGCGUCUUUCCCCCCGGUGGUAUGAUCCCGAAGGACACGCACUACCUCAGAGGCGAAGAUGUGAACGACCCCGUGCAGAAGUAUUCGCCUGAUAUGGUUGUCGUGGAUCCAGACGUCGACAUCACUGUACCUGGCGUUGCUCGCGCGCGAUUGCUUCUGCCCCGCACGCAACUGGUAGCAGACCAGAAGUCAAACGCCGAGGACCCUGUGGGCGACUCCGACAAAGGCCGCGAGGCACUCGGGCAGUUAAUCACGUACAGCGAGGUCGUGUCUUCCAACUCACAUCGUACCAGUGUUCCGGCCUUUGUGGUCUUGCCCGAGAAGGCGUACCUCAUCCGGCUUGAUCACAGCGGCCUCAUUAUCAGCGAACCCUUCGCUUGGCGUAAGACGGGACAUCUGCUCUGCUUCCUGUCUCGGCUCAGCAACAUGUUGCCUGUGGAGCGCGGUGUCGAUACGACGGUGGAGAUGGUCUCUCCACAGGAUGAAAUGGCUAGGAAGAUGAAGCGGUUGCUCGAGACAGAUCUACGUGACGCUCUCCCGACUGGUAUCGCACCCAAGACCAUAUUCCCGACGGGGAAGUUCGGCGACCGGGCCCUCUUCCAUGUCUUUGAUUCGGAAAAUCGGCGUAUACAUCGCGUUCUCUCUCACCGCCCUCUCCACUAUGAUGCUUCCGGUUACGUCGGCUCUGGCGUCCGCUGGUGGGUUGGAGUCGAUGUUGACGACGAGUCCGUGGUGUUUUUCAAGACCUACUGGCGAAUCGAGCGCCCUGGAAUCCUCUCCGAGAGCGAUGUUCACCGGAUCUUCCGUGAAGCGCAGUCGCCCGUCGAGCAUACUCUUGGCUUUCUCUAUGGAGGGGACGUUCUCGUUAACGCUUGGGAACUCCGCAAACAGUACGGUGCCGAGCCCAUUCCCAUGCAUGAACCCCUCGUAACUCAGAGGACAUUUACGCAUGAAUUCGUGAAACGAAAUAGCACGGAGUACAGCCGCCUAUGGUCCGAACGUGGGCAUAAGGACGACCAGGACGUAGAAAUCUUGCCGCGAGUUCAUCACAUAUCUGUUUUUCGUACAGUCGCGCGUCGCUUACGCACAUUUGAGAGCACUCGGGAGCUCGUGCGUGUUCUGCACCAUGCUACCCUAGCUCUUGAACAAGCCUACAAGGCGAAUAUUCUCCAUCGCAAUAUAACCUCCAUCAGUGUGGCAAUUGAUUGUCAAGGGAAUGGUGUGGUCAUGAAUUGGGAUUGGGCGUCCCUGGCAGUGCGCGGCGAUGACUCCCCUAGGACGAAAAGUAGAGAGAUAUCUCUGCUCUUCGCCUCAGCCUCCAUGCUUCAAUUCCCCGAUGAGCGCGCACACCUGUUGCGGGACGACCUCGAGUCCAUCUUGCAUCUUCUCUAUUACCACGUUUUGCGGUUUCGUCCGACGCUAAAGACACGGCAAAUACGAGGGUCUCAGGUCCUCCAAGCGUUGAAGUCGAUUUAUGAAUCCUCCACUUCGACGGAAACGAGAAGGAUUGACGCCGGCUCGGAAAAGGCGACGUUCAUGAGUGGGGAAUCGACAUUCAGUGAUCGGCGACUGAACGGUGCCAUCCGCCCGCUUCCGCUUUGGACCUUGAUGCGUAGCCUUCGCGCUGUUUUCGAGCCGCUCUACAUCCCAGAGCCGUCAUUAUAUGGCGACGAGACCGCGGAGUCACUUGUGAAGGUCAACGAUGAUAAGCGCUACUGGAGAGAGCAAUUCGAGUGUGCGGGGACUCGGCUCCAAUCUGCACAACCGCUUCUUGCUUGUUUCGAGGACGCUCUUCAGAAGUCGGAUUGGCCCCCGUCGGACGGUGCUGUGGACCAGUACCCAAAGGAUACCCGGCCAUCAACAGGGUCUCGGGCGUUUACCAGCAGCCUCACCAGCUCUCUCGCCUCCGCGUCUACGAAAUCCGGCACAAAGCGUUAUUCCGAUGGACCAGGUAAUCUUCCUGUUGCCAAGCGGCAGAAGAUGUCUCCAGUGGUUGUGGAUGAUAUAUUUGGGCCUAGCACCAGUACUCGAUCCCCCAAUGUUGAGAGUACAAGGGCUGACGAAGACGAAGAUGAAGACGAGGAGAAAGAGAAGGAUGAUGGCACUACAGAAGAAGACUUAUUCUUGGGGAAUAGACGUUGA